AUGAAGGACGAUGUUAUGGGCGGAGCGGAGGAUUCCGAUGUGUCUGUUGAUGAUGAGAGUCUUUCGAAUGUUACUAAGCAGAAGGUAGCGGCUACGAAACAGUAUAUUGAGAACCAUUACAAGGAACAGAUGAAGAGUCUUCAAGAGAGGAAGGAGCGAGGCAUAAAAUGGGUGUUGAGGAUUUUUGUAUCAGCUGUUAAUGUACAAACUGGUGAGGAGGUAGCUGUCAAGCUGGAGCCUGUGAAGACCAAGCAUCCGCAGCUUCACUAUGAAUCAAAAUUGUAUAUGCUUCUUCAAGGAGGAACUGAGGUGCCUCACCUGAAGUGGUUUGGAGUUGAGGGAGACUACAAUGUGAUGGCGAUCGACCUUCUCGGACCUAGUCUGGAAGAUCUGUUCAAUUAUUGUAACCGGAAGUUAACAUUGAAGACAGUGUUAAUGCUUGCUGAUCAAUUAAUUAAUAGGGUUGAAUAUAUGCAUUCAAUAGGUUUCCUUCACCGUGACAUAAAGCCAGACAAUUUUUUAAUGGGCCUAGGACGUAAAGCAAAUCAGGUCUACAUCAUUGACUAUGGCCUCGCCAAAAAAUUCAGAGAUCUUCAGACUCAUAAGCACAUACCAUACAGAGAAAACAAGAACCUUACAGGCACAGCUCGGUAUGCGAGUGUGAACACUCAUCUUGGAAUUGAACAAAGCAGAAGGGAUGAUCUGGAAUCUCUUGGUUACGUUCUCAUGUACUUCUUAAGAGGAAGUCUUCCCUGGCAGGGACUGAAGGCGGGUACCAAAAAACAAAAAUAUGAUAGGAUCAGUGAGAAGAAGAUGACAACUUCCAUAGAGGUAUACUGA